AUCAGAUGUGCUAUCUGGCAACGCCCACACCGUGUGAGGCACACACUGCUGGUAAAAAUGUUGAAGACUAUCUACGUAACGCCGUUAAAUUUGCUUAAAUCGGCCACCAGCCUGCAGCAGCAAGUUCGGACCACGUUCGUACUUAAGCGCAAAUAUGACCCGCCUCUGCACAAAACCAACGAAAAACCCCGCCGGAUGAGGGCGAAACAUUUCAUCUACGAGCUCGUGGAGGACACGCUGGUCAAGAAACGGCCCAACAUGGAGGUGGUACUUAAGACCUUUGUCGAAGGCGUCGGUGAUAAGGGUGACGUGGUUUCCAUGAAGCCACACUUCGUCUACAACAAGCUCCUACUGCCGGGAUUGGCAGCCUACAAAACGCCGGAGAAUGUGGCCAAGUACGCUAAGACGGAGGCUGAAAAGUCGGCAGUGAAACAUAGCUCGCCCUACGCCCAACGAACAGUUAACAUGUUGGAGUCCAUUGUGCUGGCGGUGGUGAUGAACAAAGACCAGCCAUGGGUGCUCGAGCCAUGGCACAUCAAGGCGUCGCUGCGUAAGGCAGGAUUUCAUUGCAGCGAGGAGUGCAUCACCCUACCCAAGGAGCGCAUCGAGGGUCCUGACCUUAAGAAGGAAAACAAGGACUUCUAUUGCACCGUGACCAUAAACAAACUGGAACAGGCUCGGCUUAAAUGUCGUCUACAUCACUGGAGCACAGAUCCCAGCGAACGUCUGCCCUAUGUUUUAGAGCAUUGGAAACUCCAGUCCGAGCCCCUGCUAAAUGUUGGUUCACCCGAAAAGAGCACUUAGGCUAUUAUCAAAUAAAUGCCAUUGUUACAAAA